UAAUUUUUUAAAACUUCAACAUGUCACUAUGUUGUCAGGGUUGGUUAAUAGUGCCAGUGCAAGCUCCGGCGGCGGCGGAAAUGUGGGUUACACAUCCUAAAAUUUUAAACGUACUGCUAAACCACUAUUAUCCUACGGAAAGCUUGCAGAUACUUUCCGAUACGCUGGGCACUCCGGCAUGGAAAUACUAUUCACUCACGUGGUUGAAUUACCACGACCCGUACUCUCUUAUUAGAGAGAUAAUGCACUCUUGGAAAAGUAGGGUGGGAAUUGGAGCAACUGUCGCAGCGUUAGAAGUAAUUUUGAGUGACCUUAACGCCCAGGACUGCGCUGAGCGCAUUCAUCCCUUUGUAAAUUUGAUGGAAGAACCUCAAUCUGAUGAACCUCAUCCCGCAAUACUUCCACCGGUGGAAAUUAUGAAGGCAUGGUGGAUAUUAUUGGUCGCAGCGUUGCUGAUUAUUUAGCUUGCCGUAAUUAGCUUAGUAAUACCCAGGCGGUCGUCAUUUCGUGAGGAAAAGGUCACCUUCGGCCUACAACUCGGCACAUCUUCGGCCAUUGUUCACAACAUGGAAAUAAUUUGUUCCAACGCGAACGGUGGAGUUUUACUGAAUGGGGAUCGGAACAGGCAGGGUGGACCAAGUGAACUUCGUCGGUUGUAAUGUUGCCGUUGCGGUGAAAGGAAAUCAUAACGCGGUCGAGUCCGUCGCCAUAGGAAAAUCUCGGGUGGGCAUCUUACUCUCUGGGGAGGGCAAUACGGUGCGGAGUGUAGCUGUCAGGAGGGUGUGCAAGUAUGGGGUGUAUGUGGAAGGUGAGAGAAACCUGGUGGAUGGCGUGGUUAUAUGGAAUGUUCCUUUGGGCGUGGUCAUCGUGGGGAAUGAGAAUAAGGUUUGUGGUUAGAUAUUUUCAUAUGGAAGUUAUGGAAUAGUGAUUCAUAAGAAUCCCAGUCAGAUUCGAAUCCAACUUCGGCCUAGUCUAUUAUAGUCUAAUGUGCGAAAUUUGAGUACGAAUCAAAUCCGGGAUCAGAAUGGUGAGUACGAAUCUGACUCAUGUUUUUUUUAUGGAGGCCUCCAUGUCGAUUUCGACGCCGAUUUUAAUGACGUAAUAUAUUUCCGUUCCAUUUACAUAGGUCCGGAAUCUCAACUAUGCCAAAGACAACAAAGCCGGGAUUGGGUUUGGUGCCAUCUCUGUGAUUAACGGGACAGGGACAGAACUCCAGAACGUGACGUGUCAAGAACUACAAGAAGACAAGGGGGAUUAAGGCAUCCUAAUCAACCCUGAAUGGUCCGAGGGGGACUUAAUCGAUAUCAAAAACUGUCCCGUUUGGAUGAACGGAACAGGGCAUGAUGUUCCUCACGGGGUUAACAUUGCGGGAGUAAAUGAAUUUUCUUGGGCAUGCGCAACUCGCUUAGAACCUGUUUUAGUGAGUAAUUCCGACGAGCUCAACAAAGCCCUGGCGAACAUGGCUUCCCUAAAAAAGGUCAAUUGUCCACGUGCCAAUCGAAUAAUUUUGGGGGAGGGGGACUUUACACUAGAAAAACCAUUCUUAGCGUCGAUGGAGUAUUUUAUAUUGGAAGGGCAGGGUCCGAGGGGAACGAUUUUGAGGGUUUGAUAUGCAAUAUUUUAAAAUGUUACAUCUUUUUUUUUGAAAAUUAUUUUGUAACUAAUUAUUGGUCAGGAUAUGUCUAUGCAUAAAUAUCGAAGUACCUAGGAAAAUUUA